AUGACACCUGCGUCACUUCUCCGGCUCCUGCUGGUGCUCACUCUAGCACCACAGCCGGUGCCUGCAAGUCCCAGGCAGUACUUUCUGAAGUACAUCUUGGAACCUCCGCCCUGCAGGUCUGAGCCUCAAAACUGCAACACGUUCUGUACGCAGCAGGAGGAAUGCCCAGGAAGUCUCCAGUGCUGUUCUGCCUACUGUGGGAUAGUGUGUUCCUCAAACCUAGCCCCAAAGAAAAGAACGCAAGGGCCUCCUCUCCCAACCGUGGCGUAG